CGUCUCUUCCCCGCCCAGCUUUCCCUCGCGUGUGGUCUCCCACCUCCCAAUCGCCAGGCUUUGCCCGCCCCCGUCAACGUCCGGGCUCGUCCCCCUGGCUGCGCGAGCCGCGCACGUCUCCGCACUUAACCUCUAGCCGCCCGGCGCGGGGUUAGGGACCCGGGCGGCUCGGGCGGCGCUCACUCGGGCGGCGGGAAGCCGAGGCGGGAGCCCGAGCCUGCAGCCGCGGCCCUGCAGACGAUGACUUGCUACCGAGGCUUCCUGCUGGGCAGCUGUCGUCGCGUGGCGGGCGGCCGGGCGGCGGCGCUGCGGGGGCCCGGUGCCGGAGGCCCUGCCGCGCGGCCCCGGCUUGGCGGUGGCGGCGGCGGCCAGCGGCACCUGGGGCAGGGGCAGCCGCGCGAGCUGGCGGGCUGUGGCAGCCGCCCCGACGGCGGCUUCCGCCCCUCCCGGGUGGUAGUGGUGGCCAAAACCACCCGGUACGAGUUCGAGCAGCAGCGGUACCGUUACGCGGAGCUCUCGGAGGAGGACCUGAAGCAGCUGCUUGCAUUGAAAGGCUCUAGCUACAGUGGACUUCUUGAACGACAUCAUAUUCACACCAAAAAUGUAGAGCAUAUUGUAGAUAGUUUACGGAAUGAGGGAAUUGAAGUUCGUCUAGUAAAAAGGAGAGAAUAUGAUGAAGAGACUGUUCGAUGGGCAGAUGCUGUCAUAGCUGCAGGAGGUGAUGGCACGAUGCUUUUGGCAGCAAGUAAAGUCUUAGACAGACUUAAACCAGUUAUAGGGGUAAAUACUGAUCCAGAACGGUCUGAGGGUCAUUUAUGUCUGCCUGUUCGAUAUACACAUUCCUUCCCAGAAGCCUUACAGAAGUUCUAUCGUGGUGAGUUCAGGUGGUUAUGGAGGCAGCGAAUCAGGUUAUACCUUGAAGGGACUGGCAUAAACCCUGUUCCUAUAGACCUUCAUGAACAGCAACUAAGUUUGAAUCAACAUAGUAGAGCCUUUAACAUUGAAAGAGUUCGUGAUGAAAGGUCUGAGGCUUCAGGACCACAACUUUUGCCAGUGAGAGCACUAAAUGAAGUCUUCAUUGGGGAGAGUCUAUCUUCCAGAAUGUCUUAUUCUUGGGCUGUAGCAGUGGACAAUUUAAGAAGAAGUAUACCCACUCUAAAGGGACUGGCUUCCUACUAUGAGAUUUCAGUUGAUGAUGGUCCAUGGGAAAAACAGAAGAGUUCAGGGCUCAAUUUGUGUACUGGAACAGGAUCAAAGGCCUGGUCAUUCAAUAUUAACAGGGUUGCAACUCAGGCUGUGGAAGAUGUUUUAAGUAUAGCAAAACAACAAGGAAAUUGGAGUCUUCCAUUGAACAGAGAAUUGGUAGAGAAAGUGACAAAUGAAUAUAACAAAUCACUGCUCUACAGUCCAGAAGAACCAAAAAUACUUUUCAGUAUUCGAGAACCAAUUGCAAACAGAGUUUUCUCAAGCAGUCGUCAGCGUUGUUUCUCCUCAAAGGUUUGUGUUCGUUCUCGUUGUUGGGACGCAUGUAUGGUUGUGGAUGGAGGAACUUCUUUUGAGUUUAAUGAUGGAGCAAUUGCUUCGAUGAUGAUCAAUAAAGAAGAUGAGCUUCGAACUGUGCUUCUAGAACAGUGAAGGAUCUCCUCAUAUGACAAAUGUUGAUUAUUGGAAAAAUAUUUUUAAAGCGGAAACAGACUACCAGUCAUAAAGCUACAUUUUUUUAUUAUUGUUGGACUGGUUGCCCCUGUGUUCAAAGGUGAGAAAGAAAGUGAGAUUUGUCUUAUUUUGCUGUUUUAUUCAGAUAGAAGAAGAGAAGUUACUAUGUAUGUAAGAAAAUGGAUGGACUAAACUGAUUAGAAUUGAUACCAGUGAAAUUUCUGUAUUGCUUGCAACUGGUAACCAAGAGUGCUGAUAUCUUUUUAAAUUUAGAGAGGCAGGCUUAAAUAAAGGAUUAAAUGUUUAGGAUUUGAAAUUUAACUGUAUUUUUUCCUUCUCUUUCCUCCUAACAUUGUGGAAUUGUCAGACCAAACACAUAUCAUUUGACUAGUGCAUAUUUUUUAUAGUACCUAAAAAUCAAGAUUCUAAAAAAUUUUGAUGGAGAAUUUUGAUAAAUUCUGACGUUGACCUAAUUGAAAUAGGUAAAUGUGUUUUUAUAUGUGCUAUGAAUUUUCUAAUUUCAGAAUACAGUGAUGUUGUUAUGACUAUUGAUUUAAUAUUUCAGACAAUCAUUUUUGAAAUUAUUUAUAGAUGAAUGUUUUCAUUUUGGACAUUUAUUCUGGUUAAUUUCAACCAUGGGUGAAAUACAUGUAUCAGAACAAAAUCAUGAUGCCAUUACAAAUGUAUUAAUUAUCCAGUAGCUGCUUUAGGGUUAAUUUUUUAAAAAUUGUUUGAGUCUAAUAGGUUUCUUCCAGCUUUAAAACUCUCUUAACAUGGAUUCAAGGCCUAAAAGGAUGAACUGAUUAAACAUUUUGUAUUAGGAGUUUGUUAGAACCUUAAAAAAUAUUUUUAUCUAGUGUUAGGAAUAUUGUCCGAAAAAGGAUGGAUGCUUUAGUAAAUACGUAAAACACAGUAGUUUUGGAAUUGCCUUACUUAGUAAUUAUGGUGGUUUUCACUUAGCUUAUAUUCCAGGUUUUACAUAAUAGCUUUAUGGGAUAAAAUGUUAUUAUGGCUUUUCUUUUUUUCCCAUUAUGAGAAUUCUUUUAUUUUUUGGAGGAAAUUAUUUUUUAUCUAAUUCUUGAUCUACUUAUGAUAGUAACCUUAGAACUUUUGCAAACAACUGUUGUUGCAUAAUGAAACAGUCGGUAUUCUCAUACCAUUUAUUCCAAAUCACAUGUUGUUUUUUCACUUGCUGGUGAAAAUUUUUGUUCAAUCAUUGACAAAUAUUUAUUGAACACCCACUCUGUGCCAUGUACUACUAUGUCAGGUGCUGGAUGCACAUUGUAUGAAACAGAUUCUAUUAUUAUAAAAUUUGAGUCUAGUGAGCUGAAAAGUAAAUUCUGUGAAAGUUAGGAUGGAUAGUCAAAUUGAGUGCUCUUAGUUUUGCCAACAUUUAACAUGUUAUCAACUUUUUUUUUAUGUGUUAGUGUACAAAGGUAAUCUAGGUUUUGAUGUAUAUCCAGAAGAAUUAGUUUUUCUUUUCUUAGUUAAGAGUAUAUAUGUAGACACUCACAGCAAAAAAUUUAUAUGAUGCAUUAGAUAGAAAUAAAAAUAAUGGUUUCCCAGACCUUGGACCUAGUUUCUGGCUUGAUUCUUUUUUAAUGAUAUAUAAAAAAAAUCACUUUAUAAAAAAGUAAAAUUCCAAACUACAGAAACUUAACUGAGAGAUAUAAAAUACCUCCUUGAAAAAAAUGCCAACUUCAUCUUUAAUCUCCAGAAAAUCUGUUUGUCCAAAUGCUACCAUAGAUCUGUUAAUAUGUAACAUAUUAAUAAGUAACCUGAUGUGUACAAUUGUUCAUAAGCUGUAUUAUUUUAAAAGGUUUUAAAAAUACUUAAUGUGUUCAAAUUGCAAUAUAAUUUCUAACAUUUUUGCUAUAUGGUGGGAUUUAUUUGUAAGAAAUGAGAAGCAAAUGAUGUUAGAAUAGCUAAAGUGUUUUUAUGAAUGAGUUAACCUUUUAAUGGCAACUAUAUGUGAAUAAAAUUAAACCAUUGUUAUGUCUUCUUUUUAA